GGGUGACUAGCUUACCAAGAAAAAAAGGGUUUGUCACCUCUCUCUCUUUUCUUUCUUUCUUUUUCUUUCUUCUUUUCUAACUUAAAAAAAAUCGCACUGAAAUGAAAAGAAAGAAUACAACAGUCAUUACGACACUUGUAUUGCUGUUGUUUAUUGGUUGUGUUGUACUACUUCAAUACAAUCGCGACUCAUCUUGGAAAGAGAUCAAGUUGUCAUCUAAACGACAAUCUGGUCAAGAUCAAGCUAUCCCGGUUAUCUUUCCAGAACCAUUUGAACUUCAUCAACCCAGACUAGACUCUGAACGAUUUUUAUCGUAUUUACCUCACUCUGGCUUUCAUAAUCAACGGAUUGAAUUAGAGAAUGCGUUAUUAUUGGCUGCCUAUCUCAACCGAACACUUCUUGUACCUUCUGUCUACCUUGCCAGUCCUGCCAUGCCAUGGCUACGUUAUGAAAAACUCCACGAGCGACUCUUGUUUCAGACCAAACAAGGGCUUGAUCACUGUGUUGCUCUGGACAAGGCAGGUAUGCCUUUACCCAAUGAAUGUCUCAAUAAUUUUCGAUGGACCAAUGUCCCAUGGACAUUUUUUUACAACAUGUCUGCUAUUCAACAAGACGUCAAUCUUGUGUUCCGCCCUGGAUUGGAUUAUGAAUGGCUUCAUGACACAUUUGGUGUGCAAAGAAAUGAUAUCUAUUUCUUCAAAGACACGAGUCCUUAUGAAUACCAAAUUCAUGAUGAUAGGUCGCAAGACUUACCACUGGAUCGAUUCAAUUAUCGCAUCGACCUUGUCACAUUGCAGAAAAUAGAGCAUCGCGUUCUGCAUUUUGGCUCGAUGUUCGGCUCUUACCGUGUUUUGGCCGAGACAACGGAACAUGUAGAACUCUUGCGUAAGAUUAGAGCCAAUAUGAUUUUCCGUAAUCCAGUCUUGGCAGGCGCUGCUGAGCGAGUGGUCAAUCAGCUGGGAGGAGCAAAUAACUUUGUGGGGAUGCACGUACGUGUAGGUGAUGGCAUCUUCAGACUCAGGGCUUCUAUCUUGGUAGACGAUAUCUAUCAUGAACUGGUCGACAAGUUUACAGACUUGACAGUAGAGCAAACGGCUUUCUAUGAAGGUGGUGUGGAACAACAUGAUUUAGACAGGACAGAAUCAACGGAAUAUGAAAUUAAACUAAGAAAUUCCCAGCCAGUGGACCAAACAAACUAUUCAAAGCCUAUUGAAGUACAUCAUGAUGGUUAUUCAUUACUGGACCAAGACCCCAAAAUUGCCAGUCGACUCCAAUGUCAAAAAGGAGACAAGACCACCCAUCGCUUCCGUAACACAGUACUGUAUAUCGCCACAGAUGCACCGGAUCCUCGGAACCACCCUUUGUUGGCCAAGCUAUUCAAAGUGUUUCCUUGUAGCUUUACAUUGUCGGACUUUGUAGAUGAAUUAGAAGACAUCAAGCGAUUAGAAGUGAUUCAAGAACGAGUUCGAUUGGAAUCCUAUUUGAUCCCUAUGGUAGAUGCAAUGAUCGCUGCUCAUGGCCACACAUUUUUGGGUACUCCGCGCAGUACAUUCACAAGUUAUAUUGAACGACAAUUGCAUCCUGUUUAUACAGGCAAACAAGUACAAGUCAUGGGCCUCAAAGAAUAUCUGCAAGCGAUGGCUCAUUAAAUAUCGAUCGAUCCGACAAUUUUCUGCUUAAUUUUUUUUUUUUUUUGUUUGUUAUUCAUAUUAACAUUUAGAAGAAGAAAUAAUAUUAAAACUGAUUUUUCUUUCUUUCUUUCUUU